GUUCUCUGAGCGCGAGCGGUGUCUAGAGCAGCGCGCUGAGUGAUCAUGGGAUAGCGGAUGUAGUCCAGGCUGCUCUAGGAUUUACUGGGGGAAGGGAGAGAAAAAAGAGGAAAUGCGUUUAGGCCGUCUUACCCACUACUUUGAUAGAUCCGAGAGCACACUUUCCCCUCGUUGUAUUGGUUUUAACCCGUGUAAGGUGUAGAGUGAAGGGUUGGUUUGGUCAGGAUGGCGUCCGCUCGACAGGACUAUGUCGCCCCGUGGUGGACUUACUGGCUUCACAACUUCCCACACGCUAAUUUUCAUUUCCAAGCAGUUGACAGUGCCUUUAAACCAGGGGAAGUAAACUACCAGCAGUCACUGAUCUUUCUGGCCUGCAUGGCAUCUGCAGGCCUGGGAUUGAGCCUGUUGUUACUCGGCAUCUAUUUAAGUUGCCUCUGCUUCUGGAAAAGGGAACAAGCCGAAGAGACCAAGAGGCCCGACACUUGUUGCGUCACAUGGGCUGCCAUGAUCGCAGGUCUGGUCAUAUGUUCUGCAGUGGGAGUGGGUUUCUAUGGAAACAGUGAAACCAACGAUGGCGUCUACCAAAUGACCUAUUCACUGUAUAACACCAAUCACACUUUGGGUGCCAUCGAUAGCCAGGUGUCUGGCUCUUUAAGCAACGUGCAGUUACGGCUAAAGGAGCACCUGGCACGGCUGGACGAGAUCUUUUCACCUCGGCAGGACUACACCCAGGCCCUCCGCUUCAUGCAGCAGAUGGCGGACAAUAUCAUCCGGCAGCUCACUGCCAUGCCUAACAUUAGCCAGGCCAGACAGGACCUUACCACAGUCGCUGAUAAGGUCAGCCACGUUGAGUAUUACAGAUGGCUGAUGUAUCUCCUGCUGCUGAUUCUAGACCUGGUCAUCUGUCUCGGAUGCUGUUUGGGUCUGGCGAAGCAUUCUCGCGGGUUGCUCACUGCUAUUAUGGUGUUAGGUAUGCUUGCUCUUAUUCUGAGCUGGACUUCACUUGGAGUAGGCAUGGCCACUGCAGUGGGUGCCAGUGACUUUUGUGUGGCUCCUGACAAGUUUAUUGUGACUCAAACAAAGAGCUUCCUGAAUGCAGAUGUAGCACAUUACUACCUUUACUGCAGCCAGACUCUACCCAAUCCUUUUCAGCAGUCGCUGACCAUCUUCCAGAGGUCCCUGACAACCAUGCAGAUUCAGGUCCAAGGCUUGCUUCAGGUUUCUCUUUCUGUCUUCCCCACUGCUGCGAGGGAUCUGCUUGGCAUUCAAGGCCUCCUGAACGCAACAGAAUCCAGCUUGCACCAGCUUACAGCUUCGCUGGACUGCCGCAGUCUGCAUAAGGACUAUCUGGAUGCCCUGGUGGGAUUGUGCUAUGAUGGAGUGGAGGGCCUACUCUACCUCUGCCUCUUCUCCUUGCUGGCAGCAUCUGCCUUCUGUGCUAUGCUGUGCACUCUUCCUCGAGCAUUUAUCCUCAUCGCCAGCCGGGACAGAAACUGUGAAGACGUCGACGAGGAGGACCCGUUUAACCCGCAGUCACGGCACAUGGCCCCUUACCACACAAGUCGGGCAAACGUGCACAGCUUCUGCAGCUACAGCAGCAGCCUGGGCAGCCAGACCAGCUUGCACCCACCGCUGCCCACCACAUCCAACGCCCCCCCUCCAGAGUACAUGAAUCAGUCGAUGCUGUUCGCAGGAAAUCCGCGAUAUGAAAAUGUGCCGCUGAUUGGAAGAGGUUCACCACCACCCUCGACAUGUAGAUACAUAUUCACCCAGCAUGAGGAAUACCUACCUGUCUAUGACUGAUGCGCAGACGCGUCACUUUGGAAAUGACUACCAUAUGUAAAGUCUAAGCGUCUGAACACUGAGUGAACCGCAGCCAUUUUGGAAUGCUGACGGAUCACAUUAAAAUGAGAGUUUUAAUAAAAUGAAUCUACUGAAAGACUUAAGAGACACUUCACACAAAAACCUCUCCAUCCGGGCUAGCGCACAUCCACCGCCAUGUAAAUACACCUUUUUGGUCAGUACAGGAAAAUAUACAGACUGUGAGAUGUAAAAACAAUGGAUUGGAUUUGUUAUUUAAUGCACCCAGUUCUAUAAGGAAUCUUUAAGUUGUCUUAAAUUGUUUAGUGGUGGGGAAAAAUGCACACAGGAACAAUAACGAAACGAUCACCUGACCACUAUUCCACAAUAAGACACGUUGGUUGCAUUUUAAAGAAUAAAUGGUGCUGCAACCUUUACAGUCAUUGGACACAAUUGUGACAUCUCAGCGCAAUGAACUUUGACCUCAUCAGUGUUUUCAUUCGAAUCAGUUAGGAGAGCUGUAUUACAGGCCAGGACUGGAACCAUGUGUUGAAAGAUUUGAUUUAUUUUUAGACAAAACAUCAGGAUUGAGUAGCACUCAGUUACUUAAUGCAAGUUUAAAUCAAAAGCAGUAAAUAUUUUAGUAAAUGUAUGCUAAUGUAUUAUGUGAAUAUGCCUGAACCCGAUGUCUUAGCUUGUUUUUUUAGUGCCGGAUAGGCAUCAGAUCUGUAUAAGAAGUUUUAAGAAGGCAUCACUUACAGAAUGACAUGCUGAAAUAAAAUAAAAUUGUACUUAUGCUAUUGAAGAUAUUUACAGGUAGCCUGAAUUCUAACAAUGUUUCUUUAUAAUGUCUUUAUUCUCGGAUGCUUUUCUAUUGUUUAUGUUUUG